AUGGGAAUGGUAAAUGUUCAAGUGAAGUGCAAACCGCUAUUCAGCGAGGACACAUCAUUAAUGUUGAUUCUUGGUUCGAUUACGAACGAAUAUCUGCUUUAUCGAAAACACUGGAAACAAGAUGUCAAGUCCUCAUUCGGAUUAAUCCCAAUAUCGACCCGAAAGUGCAUCAAUACAAUACUACAGCUUCCGGGAAAGCCUGUAAAAUCGGAACGAAGAGAAUGUUCGAGCACCUUGAAACUCAUUAUGGAAUCAAUCGCUGAUUUCCUUGAACCAUCCAGAAAAGUAGUGAAUGUUGGUGGAGGUUUAGCAAUUAAUUAUGAAAAGAAAGCCCAAGGAUAUCCUACACCACAGGAAUAUACGGAAUGCUUCAAUAAUUUCGGCGAAGACUACACGCUCAUCUUUGAGCCUGGAAGAUCUCUGGUUGGAAGUACAGCCUGCUGCAUCGGGAGAUCUCUUGGAGUCAAGAAUGAUAACAUUCUAGUAACGAACAUGUCAAUGACAGAAUGCAUUCGACCUGCUCUUUAUCAGGCUUAUCAUCAAGUGACAUUGGCGAAAAAAACCGACAAGAAUGACGCUAAAAUUUACAAGGUCGUCGGACCCGUCUGUGAAUCUGCUGAUUUUCUGAACAAAACGGCUCAGCUUCCUAGCGAAAUUAACACGAACCAGCUGGUCAUUCUUUGGGACGUAGGAGCGUACUGUCACGUACUGAGCUCCAACUACAAUAUGCGCCCGCGAAGAGCUGAGUUUCUUGUAACUGGUUGUGAAUUCAGGCAGAUUCGUCGACAGGACACGUUUGAGGACAUGAUGGCCACCUUCUGUUGA